AUGCCGUCCCCACAGCGCAUGGGGCUUAGCCGGCAGUACUCCAAGGAGAAGCUCCUCGAGGCAUCUGCUGACGUUAUCAGUGGCACCCUGUUAUCCAAGCAGGCGUCUGUCAAGUAUGCAAUACCUCAGCGUACAAUCCAAAAGUACGUAGCCAUCCUCCGACUUGGUCAGUCGGCACCUGAGAGGCAACGACCUGGUCCGAAACCAGUCAUGCCAGCGGCAUCUUCGAGCGACACGCCCGUGGCUACCGUGUACGAAGCACAUCCGGUAGCGGCGUCGCCCGUCGCUGCCUCCCCUCUCCUUGUACUAUAA